ACUGUUUCACCUGGGAGACAGUGAAUGGCCAUCGAGUGCGCAUGACUAGUCCUGGGAGAUCCAGUGAAGCUUUCUUCAAAGCCAGGGAGGACGGCUUCUGAGAUUCAGUGUUGAAUCAGCAGAACACUGACCAGGAGACAUGGCUGAGGAGGCAGAAAUUUCACAAUUCGAGCAGGAGUCAUUAGACGCUCACAAUCACUACAGAAAGUUGCACGCAACUCCCCCUCUGGCUUACAACACGAACAUGCGUGCUGACUGCCAAGCAUGGGCUGAGGUCCUGGCACCCAGAAAUGAAAUGGAGCACAGUAAGACGAAAAACGGAGAGAACAUCUGGUACAAGUGGAGCUCUGGAGAGAUGGAGUUUACAGGCAAGGAUUCAGCAGAUGCAUGGUAUGAAGAAAUCAAGGACUAUGAUUACAACAAUCCUGGAUUUGCCGAUGUAACUGGGCAUUUCACCCAGCUGCUGUGGAAGGACACCAAAGAAAUGGCAAUCGCCUACUCGGUGAGUGGGCAGACAGCAAUAGCGGUGGCACAUUACACCCCGGCUGGGAACAUCACCAACGAGGGGUAUUUUGCGAAAAAUGUCCUGCCCCUCGCCGCCCCUCCAGAGGAGCCUGCAGCCGAGAGCGUACCAGCAGAGGCUGAGCCAGAAGCAGAAGCACCCGCCGCACCGCCCGAGGAGGCAGCUCCACCGGCCGAGACACCCGCGGCAGAGCCAGAGGCAGCAGCACCUGAGCCAGAGGCAGCAGCGGCUGAGCCAGAGGAAGUAGCGCCUGAACCAGAGGCAGCAGCGCCUGAGCCAGAGGCAGCAGCGCCUGAACCAGAGGCAGCAGCGCCUGAGCCAGAGGCAGCAGCGGAUGAGCCGGAAGCACCAGCGGCUGAGCCGGAAGCACCAGCGGCCGAGGCGGAGGAACCGGCAGCAGAACCCGCGCCUCCAGCGGAAGAAGCCGUGCCACCCGUCGAAUCACGAGAGCCAACACCUGCAGUCUCUCCACCUCCGGAGGUAGCACAAGAAGCACUGGAACCGGAAGCUGGGGGACAACCUGCAGAUACCGAGAUAGGGACGUUUGAGAGAGAAGCAUUGGAGGCCCACAAUCACUACAGAACUCUGCACGAAGCACCACCACUUGAAUACAGUUUUGAAUUAAGGGACGAAUGCAGAAAGUGGGCCGAAUACCUGUCAUCCACAGGAGCCGUGGAAGAGAGCCGUACCAAGAAUGGAGAGAACCUCUGGACCACCACUGAUGACGAAGUCUUAGGGAAGGACCCAGUGCUUGCUUGGUAUAAUGAAAUCAAUGAUUACGACUUUAAUAGCCCUGGUUUUAGUGCACUGACAGGUCAAUUCAGCCAGAUGAUCUGGGUGGCGACUACACAUAUGGGCAUAGCAUCCGUCAAAAGUGAGCAUGGAACCUUUGUGGUGGCCCAGUACAGCCCCGUUGGAAAUAUCGUCGACCGACAUUCCUUCCAAAUUAACGUACGACCAAAGGAUUCGCAAUCGGUGGAAUCUGGAGAAAAACCAGAUCAGAGUUCCGAACUGACUGCCAGUGACACUGGGACAUCAGAAAUGUCGUCGUUUGAGAAAGAGGCGUUGGAGGCUCACAAUCUGCACCGAUCUCAUCACAACACAGCGCCUCUGACAUUCAGCAGGGAGCUGAGCAAGGAUUGCAGUGUCUGGGCAAAUGUCCUCACACAAGAUGGCGUCAUUGCACAAAGUCCCACCAACUUUGGGGAGAAUAUCUGGUCCAAUUCUAGCAUAACUGAAGGAGAAAUCAAAGGCAAUGAAGCCGUGGACCAGUGGUACUCUGAAAUUAAAUACUAUGACUAUGAUAAUCCUGCUCCCUCCUCAAAAACCGAGCACUUCACUCAGCUGAUCUGGCAGGAUACCACAGAUUUUGGGAUUGCGUACGUCGUGAGUGACAACGGGGCUUUUGUGGUGGCUCAGUACAAGCCGUGCGGGAACACUCCCAACGCAGAAUCCUUUGCCAAGAAUGUUCUACCACUGGACGCCGCGUUCAGCAAGCCCGAACCGGAACCGGAACCGGAACCGGAACCGGAGCCUGUCAUGGAACCUGCCCCGGAGGUCAAGGAAGAACCUGCAGAAGAACCAGCACAAGCCGCCUCUCCUCCACGAGAGGAAGCAGCUGCCGAGGAGCAACCAGCUGAAAUGCCAGUGGCUGAGGAGCAGCCAGCCGAGGAACCAGUAGUAGAGGAGAAACCGGCUGAAGAGCCAGCAGCCCAGGAGAAAGCAGCCGAGGUGAAAGUUGAGGAGGAAAAACCAGCUGAGGAACCUGCUGAAGCACCGGAACAAGCCCCACCGAAGGAAGAAAAGAAGAAAGUCCAUCGCCACUGUCCCAAGAAGAAAGAUCCAAAGCUGAAGAAGGCCGCUCAGAAGUCCACGGUGAUUUAUUUCAGUUGUGAAGACAGGACAAUGACUGCGUAUGAAUUUGUUUAUCGUGGACCAGCUGUGGCGCAACUGAGACAUGACGGAGCGAGGACUUGGUCCAGCGUCAAGGUCCAAGAGGACUGGAGAUCAGGCGGUACUGCAUCGAUAUUGAGCAAUCUCUGGGACAAAUAUCCAGCCAUCCAAGACAGUGGCAGGGACAUGCUGGAGCUGGGAGUCACCAGCAGCGUUACCUCCCUCUGCCCAGUCAACGCAUCAAAGCACAACCUCCUACACCUGCACUUCAUGGUAACACUGAGACAUACCGACGGCAUCGGGAUUUGCCUGGCAGCUGAGAACAUCAGUCUCAUUAUCAUGGCGCACAUCAAGUCAACAGAUUCCAGAAAUUUUGCCUCGGAGUUGCUGAGAUCUGUGAAUGAAUGCCGGAAGAGGCACGGAGCAGAAGCGCUGAUCCUGAACCCAACCGUCAGUGAGAAGGCGGAGAAAUGGGCGGCGCAUCUGGUGAAGUCCAGGACACUGAAGCACAGCGACACACAGCUUGGGGAGAAUAUCUGGUGUCAGCAAGGCUCGGUCAGUCGGCCAGUCACAGGGCAAGAGGUUGUGGAUUCAUGGUACAAUGAAAUUGAGAAUUAUGACUUCUCCUCUCCCGGAUUUCAGAAGAAUUGUGGUCAUUUCACACAGCUGGUCUGGAGGGACACCAAGGAGAUGGGCGUUGGUCUGGCAUCUGACGGCAAAGGUCUCAUCGUCGUGGUGGCUCAGUUCGACCCGGCCGGUAACAUCACCAAUCCGGGCUACUUUGCUAAAAAUGUCCUGCCCGCUGGCAGCAAGAAGGAGGGAACACCAGUAAAACAGCGCUCCUGGAACACCAGCAAACCUGAUUCACCAGCAACAAGCCAGCGACCACAAGGUGAAGAUUCUAGAAGUUUUGCCACACAGUUGCUGAACGCUGUGAACAACUACCGGGUGCAGCACGGCACGCGACCUUUAACCCUGAACUCGCAAAUCUGCAAGAAUGCAGAGAAAUGGGCGGAGCAUCUCGUCACCUCCAGAAAGUUGCAGCACAGUGACACGUCGUAUGGAGAGAACAUCUGGUGUCAGCAAGGCCCUGGAGGUGUGCAGGUCACAGGGCAACAAGUUGUUGAUUCCUGGUACAAUGAAAUUAAAGAUUAUGACUUCUCCACACCUGGAUUUCAGAAAAACUGUGGUCAUUUCACACAGCUGGUCUGGAGAGACUCCAAGGAGAUGGGCGUUGGCCUGGCAACUGAUGGCAAAGGUCUCACCGUCGUGGUGGCUCAAUUUGACCCGGCCGGUAACAUCACCAAUCCGGGCUACUUUGCUAAAAAUGUCCUGCCCGCUGGCAGCAAGGAGGGGAAGGGUGAGACUGCCCACAGGGAGAAUGUUAGAGGACCUGAGGCACCAACUGGAACAGGAAAAGCCUCUGGAAAUGUUCCCAAACAGUUGCUGGAAUCUGUGAAUGAACAUCGGGCGAGCCACGGAGCGCCGCCCCUCACUCUGAGCCCCGCGAUGAGUAAAAAUGCUGAGAAAUGGGCAGAGCAUCUGGUGGCAUCCAGAACAAUGCAGCAUAGUGACACACCGCACGGAGAGAACAUCUGGUAUCAGCAGGGCCCUGCAGGGUUGCAGGUCACAGGACAGGACGUUGCUGGCUACUGGUACAAUGAAAUAAAAACAUAUGAUUUUUCUUCUCCUGGAUUUCAGAAGAAUUGUGGUCAUUUCACACAGCUGGUCUGGAGAGACUCCAAGGAGAUGGGAGUUGGCCUGGCAUCUGACGGCAAAGGUCUCACUGUCGUGGUUGCACAGUUCGACCCGGCCGGUAACAUCACCAAUCCUGGCUACUUUGAUAAAAAUGUCUUGCCCACUGGCAGUAAGAUGGAGAAGCGUGAGACCGCCCACAGGGAAAAUGUCAAUAAAUCACGCACUCCAGAAAGAAGUAACAUGGCAGCAACUUCAGUUAAUGAAAAUAAUGCUUUUAUCGCUGAGGUGCUUAAAGAGCACAACUCUUUACGAGCCCGACACCGGUCACCUCCGCUCCAGGUUAACCCUGAACUCUCUGCAGAAGCACAGAAAUGGGCUGAGCAUCUUGUCACUAUCAAAACCCUCCAGCACAGUGGCACAAAGUAUGGGGAAAACAUCUGGUACAAAUGGAGCAGCAACAAAGCGACACCUACAGGGGCAGAAUCGAGUGAAUCGUGGUACAAUGAAAUCAAGAAAUAUGACUUCAAAUCUCCCGGAUUUCACAGUGGGACAGGGCACUUCACCCAGCUGGUGUGGAAGGCAUCAAGAGAGUUGGGCGUGGGUUAUGCGACGGAUGGGAAAGGCAUGUUCUUUGUGGUGGCAGUCUACAAUCCACCAGGGAACAUCACAAAUCCUGGCUACUUCAAGGAAAAUGUUUUACCACCCAGUAAAUAAUGACCAAGGCGGAUGAGUGUGGCACUUGUCAAAUGCAGCUGUCCUAAAAAAAGCACAAAUAAUGUAAUUUGAGAUUUAAUGAAUGCUUUAAGUAGUGUUUACUCCAGGAUUUGAUUGGCUUUCGCUAUAAUAUAAUAAUAAUAAGGUUGGAUACACUGUGAGCACAUACAAGUGACUGUUCAUCCCCAAUUUCCUUUCCCCCCCCACCUCACCCUCUCUGUUGCCAGUUCUGGUUUUAGUGCCAGGGUCCAAAAUAUGAUGUUGCCUGUCUGAAUAUUUCUGUCUUUCUACCACUCACUUUUAAGUCAAUCUGUGAAAUGUUUUGCUUCAAGAUUUUUCACUUGUUCUAAUUUCUUUAUGUGGGUGGGUAUCAAAUUAUAUUCCUAAACCCCAUCAUAGAUAGGAACAAUUGACUGUUUUACACAAUAAAAGUCUUAUAGGUCGGCACCCUCAAGACUAUGCCGUCCUGAACUGCAGAUUUUCGGGACUCUUGGACAUUGUUCUAAUGCAACACACUUGUAUUUUACUUUUUCAUUCUACACAGUAAAAUGAUACAUUUUCCAGUCUUCUUCUUCUUCUUCUUCUUCUUGCGAAUGAAACAUAAACCAAAGGAAUAGUUAGAUCACAAGCUGGGUGUUGAGCAGCCAGGUUGUUGUCUCUGCGUCAAUGUCUGCCAGGCCCUGCGCUCAUUUGGUGGGUGGUAGAGCGGGCACCCAGAGAUGACAUGGUUGGCUGUCUGUUGUUCUGCUCUGCAUUCACAGGCUGGGCUCUGGCGGAGCCUCCAUCUCCACAUGCUGGCAUUAUAACACCAAACCCCAGUACGAAGUCUGUUGAGCUUCACCCAUGCUCCUCUGGGGAGGUCAGCUCCUGGGCAGCUUUUAUCUGGUGAGGAGAUGUAGCUGUAGUGAAAUGGAGAUGAGGUUGCCUUCUACUCUGUGACCACUUGGUGGCUAUUCACAGUGUGCUUUUGUCACAGUUGGCUGGAUGGAUGCUAGGAAUUCUUUCCAUGUGGGUCAAAGGGGUGACGGGACUUCAGUUGGGGUGGCCUCUGCUCUCUGCUGAUAGUCUGAUGGAGGAGGUGAUCUGGGUCCAUGGCACGAUGAGAUAGUGCCAGAGUUGCUGCUUGCCCUCGGAUCCCUGCAGGCGGAAUGCCUGCAAGUAUAGGGAGCUGCUCGACUGGAGUAGGUUGAAGGCACCCAGUGAUGGUUCGCAAGGUGCUGUGUUCAGGCUCGUGUCUACCAGGCUAGUAAGUCUACUACUCCAUACGGGUGCACAGUACUCAGCUGGAGCAUACACAAGAGCUAAGGCAGAGGUGCGAAGAGUAGAUGGGCUGGCUCCCCAACUUGUUCCUGGCAGGCGUCGGAUGAGGCCACUACAUGCCAUGGCCCUGUCGCGGAGUCCAGCCAGGUGUUGACGGAAUGGAAGCGACCUGUCCAGCUUUACGCCGAGGUAAGUGGGUGUUUGUUGAAAGUCCAAGCGCCUGUUGUUAAGGAAGACAGCUAGCUCUCGCUUAGCUUCCUUGUUGUUUCGAUGAAAUGCCGUGAAAUUUUCCCGUGAACCCAGCGAGUUUAAAAAGGAUGCGGAGAAAUUAGUCUCUGUUUUAAAGGAAGUUCUGAAACAGAAUCGUGUGAGUUUAAAGGGAGCAGGAAGCAGAACUGGGUGAGUUUAAAGGCAGUGCUGCAAAUAUUACCCAGUAAAUUCAAAAGGGGCAGGAAAGAUUGCCCAGUGAAUUUAAAGGGAGUGCUGGACAUGUUACCCAGUGAGUGUAAAGGGAGCAGAAACAUUGCCUUGUGAGCUAAAGGGAGCAGGAAACAUUGCCCAGUGUGCUCAAAGGGAGCAGGAAACAGCUGCACUGAGUUUAAAAAGAGUACUGGGAAACGGCCCAAUGAGUAGAAUGAGAACAGGGGGGCAGAACCUGAGAUGAUUUAAAAGGGGUUGGGGGGGAAUAGGGUUGCCAACUAUCCCGUGUUAGUCGGGACAUCCCGUAUAUUGGGCUAAAUUGGUUUGUUCCAUACGAGACCGUCCUUGUCCUGUAUUUGACUGCUACUACUCGGGUCGAGGGGACUGUCGGAGUGCCACGUCCGGCCCCGCCUCACCCGUCCUGACGUAGUGCACCCCAUGGAGUGCAGCAGUAGCACCUCGCCCGUGGCCCCGUCGGCCGGCAGCCCAGACAGCUGUCCAACCUUCGGACCUUCGCUUACGGCCAUUAGAGGCCAUUAUUCUUCUCAUGGCCGAUCAUCGGUUCAUGAGUUGGAUGGGGUGCCAGACUUUGCACGCGACGUCAGGUGGGCCAAUACUCAGCUGGCCCGCUGCCUGGGUUUUGUGUGCAGUCCAGCACCCGGGCCAACUAAUUCACCCAGCCAGUCGAGCCGGACAACGAAUUGCCAUCAGGAAUUUGACCCUUAUUUUGACCUUUUGUCCCUUAUUUGGGAGUGAGAAAGUCAGCAACCCCAGGGGGGGGAAAUAAAAUAAGGUGUGGAGAGCAGGAAGCACAGAGAGCUGGUGAGCCUGGAUAAUCAAAAUUUUACUGUUGCAGGAAUGUGCAGCCCACAUUCCUGUAAUCUCAAUUAUUACAGAUGAGAGGUGAGAUUGAACAAUGACACUUACAGACUGGAUAUUCAAUAAUUAAAGGAGAUUAAUUAUUUAUUAGCAUAAUUCUAACAGCGUUUCAGCAGAUAAAUGCUUAGGAUUUGCCUCCCAGCACAUAUUUUAUUGUACAAGCAGGGAGUGGCCUCGGGGAAAUCGUCAAUUUUAAUUUGCUUGCCGAGUCACUCCACCUCCUGCUGCAGCCGGCUCCACAGUUUCCAUUUCCUUCUGAGCACUGAUUUUAAAUACUUUCCUAUUGCUGUCAUGCUUUUUUCCCCUCAACCAGCCAUCAGUGAAUAAUAUCUAUUGAAUGCAGAGGCACACAGGCCUCCUCUGGGGCCUUAGCGAUGCACCAUAGCAACCGUGUUCUGUAGUAUGCUGCACAUUUUCCAAUCAGAAAGCCUUUCAUGAUGUUAGUGGGACGUUCAUCUUUUUCUGAGGUUCCAUUGUCUUUUAAGUCAGCUGUUAAAGGGUGGCUGUGGUUUUAAUGCUGCUUUCGUUUGUACACAUUUAUGCUCUCAACUGCUCUCCGAGGUGUAUGGAUAGUCGAGACCCUUGGAAUAAAGAAUAACAUUGCUUACC